AUGUUUGCACGUCAAUGUCUUAAAAGUUAUCCUGUUAGCAUACUGAUGAGGGAGUUCUCUAAGAAGAAGCCACCAAGGGGCUUUGAAAAGUUUUACAAAAAAGCUAAACCUGAAGAGCAAAUAAAACCUGAAGAAGAACCCAGAUCCAACAUGAAAUUUUCAUCAAACCCAUGGUCCAAUCAAUUUGAAGGCUUUUUCAAGAAUAAUCGCAGAUUAGCAUAUGGUCUUGGCGGUGCUUUAUUCGUUUAUUACUUAUAUACCCAGCGUCCAGUACCCCUCAUUACCUAUCAUGACUUUCUUAAUAACUAUCUUAUACCUGGUAAUAUCAAAAAACUUGUUGCGUCCCAGCCUAUGGAAGGUACUCUCCGUUCUCUCUGCACAAUCUAUAUUUAUGACAGCAAAGGUCAUAAAGCCGGAAUAUUCAAAGUUGCAAACAUCCAAGACUUUCUUCAUGAAUUGUACCAGGACCAAAUAUCGAUUUCCAGAAUGGCACGAAUCCCGAUAGAGUACAAAAGUGCGUCUGAUUGGGUUAGUACUUCAAGGUUCCUUGUCAAUAUUGUAUUCCUCGUACUUCUUAUUGCAUCUUUUCGCAACCACUUUAAAAACAUGAAUGGAGGAGGAUCAGCAGGAAAAGGAGGGAUUUUCAGCAUGGCAAAACAAAAUUUCAGAGUCUAUGGACUUGACAAAAAAAUCGAUGUCGGCUUUAAAGAUGUAGCAGGCCUUCAUGAAGCCAAAAAAGAAAUCAUGGAAUUUGUGGAAUUUUUAAAAAAUCCAAAAAAAUACAAAAAUCUUGGAGCGAGAAUGCCAAAAGGAGCGCUGCUUGUAGGACCACCAGGGACUGGGAAAACAUUAUUAGCAAAAGCGACAGCUGGAGAAGCAGGGGUUCCAUUUUUCGCUAUUUCGGGAAGCGAUUUUGUGGAGAUGUAUGUAGGGGUUGGGGCUUCUCGAGUAAGAGACUUGUUCCAGCAGGCGAGAGAAAAGGCGCCUUCAAUUAUUUUUAUUGAUGAAAUUGAUGCGGUAGGGAAAAAAAGACAUGACAGAUUUGGAGGUAAUGAUGAGGCUGAUAACACCUUGAACCAGCUGCUUGUAGAAAUGGAUGGGUUUCCAACUGAUAGCUCAGUUGUGGUUAUGGCUGGGACGAAUAGAAAAGACAUUUUAGAUGAAGCUUUGCUACGUCCUGGGAGAUUUGAUAGGUGUAUUGAACUGAAUUUGCCUGAUAUAGAAGCUAGAGAAGAGAUACUAAAAAUUCAUUUAAAGCCUCUCACGCUAGCUUGUGGGUAAGAAAAAUCUAUUAAAAAUCUUAUUUGAAGUAAGGUAAAUUACAAAAAGUUUUUUUAUUUUUAAUUUAUAAAUAAUCAAGUAAGUUUUCCUACCCAAAAUAUAUAUAUAAAAUUCAGAAAAAAAUUAAUUCCUUCUCUAAUUUUGGAAGGGGAAGUAAGCAAUGAUAUGACUUUAGACGGAUACGCCAAAAGACUAGCAGAACUCACACCUGGCUUCAGCGGCGCUGAGCUUGCCAAUCUUUGUAAUGAAGGCGCAAUCACUGCAGCCCGCAAAGACAAAGAAUCUGUAGACCAAAUUGACUUUGAAGUUGCCUCUGAAAGAGUUAUCGGAGGACUUGAAAAAUCAAAAAAGCUUAAUCCAAAAGAAAAAAAACUUGUCGCUUACCAUGAAGCAGGACAUGCUGUUUCUGGCUGGUUUCUAGAAGGUGCAGAGCCUAUCUUAAAAGUCAGUAUUUUGCCUCGUUCCAAAGGUGCCUUAAUUAAACGAUUAUGCUAUACAUAAGCGGGUUAGCCCACUAGCCAUCACCCAUCUUGGCUCCAAAAUGUCACACUUUUGGAUUUCCUACCUGAAUCUCCAGUUUAGGGAUUAGCUCCUGGGACUGAGUCGCUGUCUGUGAAGUGCCCGAUAGCCCCGAUGAGAAAAGGCAAACCUGUCUAGUCAUCUGACAGAACAGGAAAACCUUCGGGGGAGAAGCAAAGCACCCUGUCUCAGCAGCUCUCCAUUGACAUUGUCUAUCAAGCUCACGAAGAGCUUACUUUGACACCCAUCGCGCCGGCCCACCGCUCCAUCAGGAGGCAUCGCCUAGGAGUUCUAUUUUCAUCAAAUUACAAUUUUAUUUCUAGGUGCCUUAGGAUUUGCACAAUACUUGCCAAGAGAUAUUUCUUUAUAUUCUAAAGAAGAAUUACUAGACAGAAUUUGUGUAAUCCUUGGAGGGAGGGCCGCUGAGGAGCUGUUUUUUGAUGAGCCUACCACUGGGGCUUCAGAUGAUUUACAAAAGGCUACCAAAAUCGCAGAAUCUAUGGUAGUGAAAUUAGGGAUGUGCGAAAAUUUUGGAAUUGUUGGGUAUAAGUAUGAAGGAGGAGGGUACAGCAAGCCAUUCAGCCAGGACACUGGGAGACUGAUUGAUGAAGAAAUUAGAAAAAUCGUAAGGGGGUGCUUGGAAAGGACAAGGCAGCUUAUUUCUGAGAAAAAAGACCAAGUUAUGAGGGUUGCAGAGCUUUUGAUAGAGAAAGAAAGAAUUUUGACACAGGAUUUGGUAGAGAUUUUGGGGGAGAGGCAGUUUGAUGGUGCAGAGAAUUACGCUUUUAAAAGAGCAUAG